CCGACCCCCGACUCUCUCGCCUCUUCUCUUCUUCCUCCUCUCCCCCAAUCCGAGCGCCGAGCGAGGCAGUUGAGGCGAGUUCACCCCCUCCCUCCCGAAAUCCCCAACUCCAAUUCCAUCGAUCCGAUCCAAUCCGCACCGCAGAUCGAUUUCAUUGAUGCGUCCGCUGCCGCUGGCCGCCUAGUCUGAGGCAGCCAGCUGCCCGCCCGCCCUCUCCACGCCCGCCUUGUAUGGAAACACGCAGCAGCCGCAAGCGCGCAGCCGCAGCCGCCGCCGCCUCACCAGCCUCCAAGCGCUCCCGCCCCAACACCCGCCGCAGCUCCUCCUCCGCUCCCGCUCCCGCUCCCGCGCCGGUGAUGGACCCCUCGCCCUCCUCCCGCCGCCGCUCCCGCUCCGCUGCAGCAGACAAGGGCAAGGACCCCGACCCCACCUCCGACCCCUCCCCCCCUGCCGCCGCCGCCGACGAUGACGACGCAGCCGCCGCCUUCCCCCAGUCCUUCACCUCCGCCAGCUCCGCCCUACAGGGCCUCCUCCGCAGGCUCGGCGCCGGCCUCGACGAUCUCCUCCCCUCUUCCGCGCCGUCAUCCUCCUCGUCCGCCUCCACUUCCGCGCACCUCAAGAGGAUCCUCGCCGGCCUGCAGGCCGACGGGGACGAGUCGCGCCAGCUCCAGUCCCUCAUGCAACUCUGCGAGAUGCUCUCCAUCGGCACCGAGGACUCGCUCGCUGCCUUCCCCGUCGACGCCUUCGUCCCCAUCCUCGUUGGCAUGCUCGGCCGCCAGGAGGAAGAGCCUGCCGCCAGCCCCGAGGUCAUGCUGCUCGCUGCACGUGCCCUCGCCAAUCUCGUCGACGUCCUCCCCUCCUCCUGCUCAGCCGUCGUGCACUAUGGGGCCAUACAGUGUUUCUGUGCCCGACUGCUCACCAUUGAGUACAUGGACCUUGCCGAGCAGUCUCUACAAGCUCUUAAGAAGAUCUCUCUGGAGCAUCCAACUGCAUGUUUGCGAGCUGGUGCGCUUAUGGCUGUGCUAUCGUAUCUUGACUUUUUCUCCACUGGUGUUCAGAGAGUAGCAUUGUCUACCGCUGCUAAUAUUUGCAGGAAGCUGCCAUCUGACGCAUCAGAAUUUGUCAUGGAAGCUGUCCCUUUGCUCACAAAUCUCCUAAACCACCAUGAUUCCAAGGUGCUAGAGCACGCUUCAGUUUGUUUGACACGCAUUGCGGAAGCUUUUGCCUCUUACCCAGAGAAACUUGAUGAGCUCUGUAGUCAUGGAUUGGUUGCUCAAGCUGCUAGCUUGAUAGCUGUCGGCAACUCCUCGGGCCAGGCACCAUUGAGUACAUCGACAUAUACAGGCUUAAUCCGUCUUCUGUCAAUAUGUGCAAGUGGAUCACUGUUGGCAGUUAAAACACUUCUUCUUCAUGGCAUCAGCAGCACCCUUAAAGACAUUCUUUCAGGAUCUGGUUUGAUUGCUGGAACAUCAGUCUCCCCUGCUUUAACGAGGCCUGCUGAUCAGAUGUUUGAGAUCGUGAGCCUUGCUGAUGAUUUGCUUCCAUAUAUGCCUGCGAGAAUCAUUAAUUUACCAACAUACUAUCAUGCAUAUAAAGGCUCCUCAACAAAGAAAUCUGCCUCCAUCAAACAAGAUGGGGCUGGUUCAACAGAAAAUGAAAGGUCUGGUCGUGAGAGUCUAUUGCGUGAGCACCCUGAGCUUCUACAGCAGUUUGGUAUGGACUUGUUACCCACAAUGACACAGGUGUACGGUUCCAGUGUAAAUGCACCAAUACGUCACAAAUGUUUAUCUAUUAUUGGGAAGUUAAUGUACUACAGCUCCGCUGAAACGAUCCAGUCCUUCCUUGGCACAACAAACAUAUCCAGCUUUCUCGCGGGCAUUCUUGCGUGGAAAGAUCCACAAGUGUUGAUUCCUGGUCUUCAGAUAGCAGAAAUUAUGAUGGAAAAGCUUCCAGAGACGUUUUCUAAGUUGUUUGUGAGGGAAGGUGUUGUUCAUGCUGUGGAGUCACUUAUAUGUUCAGAACCCUUGAAUACACUGCCUUCGCAUGUAGCACCGCAUGAUAAAGAUAGUGAUCCUGUGAUGUCGUCACGUUCUAGACGUCAACGCAGACGUGGGGGUGCUGUGCUGACAGAAAACAGUUCACUAGAUGAAUCAAACAGUUCCAAUCCUGGGACUACCUGCUCAGCAAUUAGAACUUCAGAAGUUCCAAACACCAGCCUUCGUUUCACAGUUAGCGAUCGUGCAAAGUCUUUCAAAAAUAGAUAUUUCCCUAUGGACCCUGAUUCAGGUGAUAUUGGAGUUACUGACGACCUUCUUAAACUGAGAGCACUCUGUGCAAAGUUGAAUUCUGCAACUGAGAAUGUCAAAAUAAAAUCCAAAGGGAAAUCAAAAGCCUUAAGUGCUUAUCGUUUUGACAUCUCAGAUGAUGUGGAAGAACAAUUAGACACAAUAAUAUCUGAAAUGCUUGCUGAGCUUAGCAAAGUUAAUGGUGUUUCCACAUUUGAGUUCAUUAGAGGUGGAGUUGUGACAGCAUUACUUGACUAUUUGUCCUGUGGGACAUUUGGAAAGGAAAGGGUAUCUGAAGAAAACCUACCAAAGCUUCGUCAGCAGGCCCUUAGGCGAUACAAGUCCUUUAUAUCUAUUGCCCUUUCUAUCGAUCAUGGAAGGGUUGAAACUCCCAUGGCUCUGUUGGUUCAAAAACUGCAAAGUGCAUUGUCUUCGUUGGAACGUUUCCCUGUUGUGCUCAGCCAGUCUAGCAGGAUUGGUAUUGGGGGCUCCCGUCUGACCUCUGGUCUUAGUGCUCUGGCUCAGCCCUUCAAGUUGCGUCUGGCCCGGGCUCAAGGUGAAACAUCACUUCGGGAUUAUGCAUCAAAUAUUGUGCUUAUUGAUUCAUUUGCAAGUCUAGCGGCUGUUGAAGAAUUCCUUUGGCCCAGAGUUCAGCGCAGUGAGGUUGCUUCGAAGCCUAUAGUUCCAUCUGGAAAUAAUUCCGAAUCUGGGCUUCCUGGUACCACAGCUGGUGCAUCAUUGACAGCUGCAUCGGCUCAAUCUGGUCGGCGCCCAACAACAAGGUCAAAGUCAUCUGCUGCAAGUAGUGGUACAUCUAAGAAGGAUUCUCAGGAGGAAAGCACUAGUACUGCCAAAGGAAAAGGCAAAGCUGUUGUAAAACCGAACUCAGAUGAACAAAAAGGACCUAAUACAAGGAAUGCUGCCCGCCAAAAAUCUGCUUCCGAGAAAGAGUUGGAAAUGAAGCGAGCACAUGGUCACAGUAGCUCUGAGGAUGAAGAGCUUGACACAUCUCCUGUUGAGAUUGAUGAUGCUUUAAUGAUUGAUGAUGAUGACGACGACAUUUCAGAUGAUGAAGAUGAUCAUGAGGUUCUCCAAGAUGCGUCGCUUCCUAUCUGUUCUCAAGAUGGUGUGCAUGACGUGAAAUUGGGUGAUGCUGAUGACUUUGGUUCAGCCAGUUUUAGCCUGGCACAGACGUCAUCUGGUUCCAUUGCUAGAAACACUUCUAGCAGGGGAGCAGGUUCUGCUGAAUUUCAAAGUGGAAACACAUUUGGUUCACGAGGUGCAAUGUCGUUUGUUGCCGCGACGAUGGCUGGGCUGGCAUCUGUUGGUGGUCGCAGUGUAAGAGGUGGCCGUGAUCGGCGUGGUCUGUCAGUUGGAGGUAGCAUGAAUGAACACAAUAAACUUAUAUUCACAGCUGGUGGGAAGCAGCUCAGCAAACAUUUGACUGUAUAUCAAGCUAUCCAACGUCAACUAAUGCUCGAUGAGGAUGAUGAAGAAAGGUUCAAUGGGUCUGAUUUACCGAACGAUGGAAACCGCUUCUGGGGCGAUGUAUUCACAAUAACGUACCAAAAGGCUGAUAGCCAAGCUGAGAAGGGAUCCCAAGGGGGUUCAACCUCACUAAACUCAAAAUCAGAUUCUUGCAGAUCUGUCUCUGAAGUGCAAGGGGUUUCUCUUCUUGAUAGCAUCUUGCAAGGAGAACUUCCUUGUGAUCUUGAGAGAACAAACUCAACAUACAACAUUUUAGCACUAUUACGUGUGCUGGAGGGGCUGAAUCAGUUAUCCCCUCGUUUAAGAGUACAGGGAGUAUGUGAUGAUUUUGCUGAGGGAAAAAUCGCUACCCUGGAUGAGUUUUAUAAAACUGGAGCCAAGGUACCCUCCGAAGAGUUUGUCAAUAGUAAGUUGACGCCAAAGGUUGCUCGACAAAUGCAGGAUGUUCUUGCACUCUGUAGUGGUAGCUUACCUUCUUGGUGUUAUCAAAUGACCAAGGCCUGCCCCUUUUUGUUUCCCUUUGAGACAAGGAGGCAGUACUUCUACUCCACAGCUUUUGGGUUGCCGCGGGCGUUGAAUCGACUUCAGCAACAACAGGGUGACAAUCACAGCUCUGGCGGUGAAAGAGAGGUCCGGUUCGGCAGGUUACAGCGCCAAAAAGUUCGUGUUUCCCGUAAUCGUAUUCUGGAUUCUGCUGCUAAAGUUAUGGAGAUGUUCUCCAGUCAGAGGGCUGUUCUUGAGGUGGAAUACUUUGGUGAAGUUGGAACUGGACUGGGGCCUACUUUGGAGUUUUAUACUCUCCUAAGCCAUGAACUACAAAGUGGUCGGCUGGGAUUAUGGAGAUCUAGCUCUCCAUAUGAUUCGGGAAUGCAACUUGAUAUGAAUGAUGUGAUUAAUGUAGAUCCUGAAGAUGGCUCAUCAGGAAAAGAACUCAACUCAGAGUUACCUGGCGAUGGCAGGCAUUUGAUACAAGCUCCUCUUGGGUUGUUUCCUCGACCUUGGCCACCUAAAAUUGAUGCUUCAGAAGGUAGCAGAUUCUUCAAAGUCUUGGAGUAUUUCCGCCUAAUUGGUCGAGUAAUGGCAAAAGUCUUGCAAGACGGAAGACUUUUAGAUUUGCCUUUAUCAACAGCAUUUUAUAAGCUUAUACUUGGACAGGAGCUUGAUCUGUUUGACAUAGUCUCAUUUGAUGCUGAGUUUGGGAAGACAUUGCAAGAACUGCAAGUUCUUGUUGAACGCAAGAGGUUCCUAGAGUCCACUUCGGGCGAGAAUCCGCUAGAAGUUGCAAACUUGCGUUUCCGUGGCACUGCUAUUGAAGAUUUGUGCUUAGAUUUUACUCUUCCAGGUUAUUCUGAUUAUGUUCUCAAAGAGGGCGAAGGAAGCACAAUCUGUAAUUAUCUUUUGCAGGUUAAUAUCUACAACUUGGAAGAAUAUAUUGCUUUGGUAGUGGAUGCUACAGUUAAGUCAGGGGUAAUGCGACAGGCUGAAGCAUUUAGAUCAGGGUUUAAUCAGGUCUUUGACAUCUCAGCCCUUCAAAUAUUUUCACCUCAAGAACUUGAUUACCUAAUAUGUGGUCGUCAAGAAAUUUGGGAGCCGGAAUCCCUGGUGGAUAACAUAAAAUUUGAUCAUGGGUAUACUGCUAAAAGUCCUGCGAUUGUAAAUCUGCUCGAGAUCAUGGCGGAAUUUACCCCUGAGCAACAGCAUGCGUUCUGCCAGUUUGUAACUGGUGCUCCUCGGCUUCCACCGGGUGGUUUAGCUGCCCUUAGCCCCAAGCUUACUAUAGUUAGGAAGCACCCCUCAAGUGCGGUGAAUACCUCAAAUUCAACUGGCGCAACAGAGUCUGCAGAUGAUGAUUUGCCUAGUGUGAUGACGUGUGCUAAUUAUCUUAAGCUGCCCCCGUACUCCACAAAAGAAAUUAUGCGCAAGAAGCUGCUUUAUGCUAUCCUAGAAGGCCGGGGAUCAUUUGAUCUUUCAUAAUUGCCUAACAAACAUACAGGGCUCACCAUUGCAUGCCCGUCAGUUUUAUGCAGAAUUAGUUUCUUUGUUGGUCUGUAUAACAUAGGUUGAGAUUACCAGCCGCUCAGCAGAAGGCCUGGAGUGAAGAGGCAGGUCCUCAUUCGGAUGCAGUUGAAUUUGCUUCUGGUGGGCAGCCCCGUUAGCACCAGGAAGAAAGAACCAUGAGCCCUUAUUCGGUACAUGUAAAUAAAAAAGGCGCAGGAAUGCAUAUUUGUCGAAAGGAUCUGUUCAUUGGUGCUGAUACCUUAUCGAUCGAGAGUGUAAUGUUAACGUGUAAUGAAUGAUGACUGAUGAGUAUUCUCCAAUAAAUGCGGUGUAGUGUAUUUUUGGCUGUCGUGUUGUGAGUUGGUCAGCAAUACCAGGUUCUCCAAUCCAAUGCACAUCACAGAAACACACUGUAUUUAGUAGCAGAUAAUAUCGCACGGUUUAUACAUUAUUAUUUUUAUUUUU